CAUAACCUGUAAAACGUUUAUUGUUGAUUGAAAUUAUUGGUUGUUAAUACCGACAGAAUGCCGUUCAAAUUAGAAGAAGUAAAGUUGAGCAAAUUGAAGACACUUUGGAGUGUUGAAAUUAAUCCAAAGCUUCCCGAUGAAGUCGCAUCAAAACUGAAUCAACAACUGCAACUUGUUUUGGAUAGCGAAAAUGAUACGAAAACCACAAAUCUGUUCAACUUAAUACAGUUGUGUUGUGAAUACACACCAGUGAAUUUCGAAGAAUUUAUUGCAUAUGUGAUAAUUGUGACCAGUAUCAACUUUGUAUCCGUUUCAUCGCCAUUUGUUGGUGUAGAAAAGUUGCGACUAAUAGCACACACAUUCAGCACUCAUGGUGAGUUUUGGAGUCGAGAUCAGCACAAGGUGGUUGCCGUGGCCGAAGCGAUUUGGAAGGUGUCGAAGAAUGCAUUGAAUAUAAAUCACACCAUAAUUGCCAUUAAUGGCUUCAAUCAAUUCACAUUUAAUGUAUCCAUUGUUUUGCUUUUGGCGGCACUGGGCAGCUCGACGUCAAAGUCGGACAAUUUACCGUUGCUGAAAGCCGACACGAUCCACAAGAAAAUGUUGUCAUUGAAAAUUGUCAACGACAAAAAUUCAAAGCAAGCCAUAUUCGAUUUUCUGUCGUUGUUCCAAACUUAUCAACGAUUUCUAUCCACACCAGCCGCCGAAGAUGAAAGCCUCACAACUAUUAUCCAUAUGAAACGUGAACAGUUGCAAUUAAUAGAGGAAAAUCUGAAGAAAACAAUACAAGAAUUGAAUAAAACCAUUCGUGAUCACAGAGACUUGAAUGAAAAUCCAAUGAUCGUCCAUUUCAUCGAGCUGGUAAUGAACAACAUGCAUUGUAUGCAAACACAAACAAUUUAGCCAUUCGUGACUACACUUACGUUAUAAUUGUUAAGAAAAUGAUCAAUAAGAUUUUCGUUUUUUUUUCGUUGUUUCUAUUGAAAAAUGGCUGUAAUAUGAAUAAACAUUUGAGAGUCGCA